AUGUUGGUUUGUCUAAAUAAAUCGUCAAUAAAGAGUCUCUUUAGAAGCACAAAUCACUCAUGUGAAAGUUUAACAGAGAGAGAUAGGAGAAGAUCAACAGCUGAAAAUUUAGACAUUAAUGCCUAUUUAAGUUCAUUAUAAAUGAUGAGUGAUAGAAAGGAUGUUGAUAAAAGGAUAUUCAAAAACUUGAUUUUAAGUAAAACCAAAACCAAAAAGACCCCUUUGAGGCAAAAUCUUUUUGCUAGCAAUUCAGUAAAAGAAUUGAAUCAAUCUACAUAAUAAUCAGCAUCCAGAUAAAAGCCCUUUACCAGAGCCAGAUUCGCAUCUCAAAGAUCUACAAUUUUAGGCAAAUAAGCUCAAGUACAAGAUUAAUAUGAUGAGUUGAACAGUGAGAAACUUUAAAUGCUUAAUGAAUCUCUCUUUAAACUUGUUGGAUAAUUAUUGAAAUUGAGGGAUGAAAUGAAUAACAACAGAAAGUUUUAUCUACAAAUCUAUAAACUGAUCGGCUUAAAGAAAUCCCUUUCAAAAUUGUUAUUCAAUUUAGAAACACAAACAAUUAUCGAACCUUUAACAGUAUUUCAUUUGAAACAAAACAUCUGUAUCAAGGAACAUGUAAUGGAUGGAACCACUCUUCUCUCCCUUGAUACUUAUAACUUCAACAUUAUUAGGGAUAUCAACUUUUUAACUGAAAAAAUCGAUGAACUAUAAAUACAAACCGAAGCCAAUGGAAUUCGUUAACUUGAACAUAAAAUUACAGAUGAAAUUUAUAAUCUCAAAAUGGAACAGAACAAGAUGAAACACAAAAGGGUUUUGAGUCCCAAGUUGCUGUUUCAAUAAAGAAUUAUGAGAAAUCAACUAUUGCCAGAAGGUAGCAUGGAAUUGAUAGAACAAAAAUUCGGACCAUUUCCACUUAUUUAAAAUAAAAACAAAAUCAUUCAUAACUAGAUUUAGACUAUAAUUAAUAAUCUCAAUAUCAAAUUUAAAUAUUGA